ACGAAAUACAAAUGUAAAUAUUUUAAAAAUAGAACCGAGAGAUAAUUAAUUAUUUUUAAAUUGAUUAAAAACUUGAAACCCAUCAUUCCUGGUUGUUGGAACCAAAGUUAUCCAGCUUAAUUUUUUUUUUUGGUAAUGUAACCAGCUUAAUUAUGGUUGAGUUAAGUGACUUUAUAAUGUUCUAUAUAAACAAUAAUGUGAAGCCUAACUAAAUGAGUUUUAUCAGAUUCUUCUCAUUUUUCAGAGCGAUGCUAGGGGCAGUAAUUUUUGUAAUUGUUAGCCAUCAACUAGCCAUCAAUAAUGAUUUGAUGGUGUGAAAUUGAUGUGAGAUUUUAUCCAAUGGCUCACCUUUCUUUACUGGUUACAUACUGGUCAAAAUUCAAUAAAACUGCUGGCCUUUAGACUUUUCCUUUUUAAAAUCUUCUUUGACUCUCAUAGCUGCUCCCUCUCACUUGCAAGUUGCAACUCAUCUUUGCCAUUACUGAUCAAGAGCACUUGUUGGAAACUUUGACUUAUUCCCACAAAGCAGGGAACAUAAGAAGUGAAGUUUGGUUAAUUAGUUGGAGCAAGAUGACGACUGCUACCACUGAUGCUACUGAUUCAACAUUAUUGGAGAUGGUUAAACACGUGGUGAUUGAUGUUGACGACGUUGAAGAAGAAUUAACUCCAGAUGUGUGCAUGAUCUACACAGUUCCUUCCAAACUUAGGAAGAUGGAUGAAGAAGCUUCUUUCACCCCUCAAUGGAUCUCAAUAGGACCCAUUCACUACGACACAGAAGAGCUGAAGGGAAUGCAAAAGCUAAAGUAUAAGUACUUGCAAGACUUCUCGAAGCGUGUCUCAAACGAGGAAGCCAUGAAGGAAUACAAAAGUUUCCUUGAAAGUGAAGUACAAAAAAUAAGGGAGUGUUAUGAGCAGAAGUUCCCAGAGAUGAGCAACGAGAAAUUUGUGGAAAUAGUGCUGCUAGAUGCUGUGUUCAUCAUGGAGUACUUUUUGAGUGAGUGGAAAUUUGAUCAUCGAUAUAUGAACAAACUAUGUUACAAAAGGCAUCUAGAGGGACUUACUUCUUCUUGA